UGCCAUGGAUACGAACACCUAACAGUACUUUGUUACUCUACAAUAAUAUCCUGUUCGUCAGGCAUAUCAAGUCGAGCUCUCUUUUGUUUACACCUAGUCUUUUUAUUUAUUGCAGUUUUUCUCUGUGAAAUUUGAGAUAUUUAGCAUACUUCUAUUAAAAGAAAAUGUCUCUGCGCCAAAAUCUGAAGGUCUGCGUGCGUCUGCAAGUAAUGAGGGUGAAAAGUCCUGGAAUGUGUAAAUCGGGGAGCAAGGGGGACCUGCUGCUGCAUCUGUGGCUGAUGGACCAAACGCUGCGGACGUCGAGUGUGCCCGCGACCUACCCUCUCCACUUCAACCAGACCUUUCACAUAUCAAAGAUUUACGACGCGUCCGACUUGUUCAGCCUGCACGGCUGCCUGGCGUCCGAGUUUGCUCGCGUCGAGUUGCAGGAGUCGGCGCCUGGCCUGCGCUCCGUGGCAAUUUUCAAGAGCUCCCUCCUAACUUUGCUUUUCCCAGAGAGCGGCAGCCUCAGCUGCACGCCCACGACCACCCUUCAGAUGCAACCACUGUGCCAUUUUUCAGGGCUCCUGGGUCCUGAGCUUGAGGUCAGCACCAGGGUGAGCAUCCAGCAGGUCACGCAGCCAGCGACCCACAAUUACUUUUCGCCGCAAAAGAGACUCUCCUCAGUUGAAAUGAGUCCCUGUCAACAGGUGAAGUUGGCAAAUCGGUAUUCUAAACUGACGUGUGGCUGUCUGCGUGAAAACGAGAAAAAACCACCCUUCGUUGUCAGACAUGUAGACCCCGAGAUUUUCCACCUUUCCAAAACACCGAGCCCAUGUAGAUCGAGAAGGAUUAAAAAAAAUGUCCACUAUCAGGACAUGAUGAGAUCUAGCAAUCAGGACGAAGACUUUUCCCAUUCAGAUUCGCAUGCAGAUUGCAAGUGCAGCGUUUGUUGCCUUUACGAGGAGUAUUUCGGACGGCCGUACCCGCAGCACUGUCCCGAGGAGGACGAAGGGGUGGCGGACUUGGUGCACGAAUUGCAGGAGUGCUGCUGCUGUCACCGCGCCAAGUCGAUUUGAAUUAAACGCAGUUGCGAGUCGUAUAUGCGUCAAAACGAAUUUUUAUUUCUCGU